AUGCACAAAUGGCUGGCUUACGGCAACGACUCUGGCGUCCCAGGCGCCGACCCGUCGUUCACCGCGCGCCGCGAGCUGUGCUUCACCCUGGAGGGCGACAUCUUCGCGCGCUACCAGUCGUACGAGACCGCUGCCGGGCUGGCGUCCGCACUUGCGACAAAGGCGAGCUGCCCCGGCCCCGCGGCUUGCACCCCUGACCCCUGCGUGCCUACGACGAUCGACAUUGGCCCCGUCUACACAGUGGACCCGCGGCAGAGGGCCAAGUACGCAAAGGCUUCCGCCCUGUGCAGCGCGAGCUGGUGUUUGAUGUCGACCUGA